AUGACGUCAACGGUCUGGGCUCUGGCGCGUUCUUGGCGUAGAUUCGAUCCGCUUCUCAGCUUUUCUGCCCACAUACCGACACACUCUCUCCUCACACCACUCACACUGUCGCCCAUCCCGCCGUUGCCCACGCUGGCCUCUUCAACUGAUCCGCCGUCGACCGAGCCCCCGGUGGACUCCUUCGCCGCCGCAAUCAAUGCCCGCUUCGCACAUCCACCAACCCUCAUCCCACUCAACCAGUCUUCGGUUCCCACUUCCCGAGCCAUGCCUCUGCCAGCGCCCUCCGCAGAUAUCUCCCCAUCUGCCUUCUCCGCACUCCUACCUGCCGAUCUCCACACUAUCCUCGCCGAUCCCGAUGCCCUCAUCCUCGAUGUCCGUCCCCACAACGCCUACGCGACAGCUCGCCUUCCUGGAUCGCUCUCGCUCUCGGUGCCGACCACGCUUCUCAAGCGACCACUUUUCUCGCUCGCCCGGCUGGCGCCCAUGCUCCAGUCAGCCGCUGCCCGCACCCAAUUUUCAGCAUGGUCGUCUGCCUCUCGCAUUCUCGUUUACGACGCAGACGUGCCCUCCCUUGCCGAUCGCCCCACACUUUUCGGACUCUUGCGCAAGUUUCGGGCGGAGGGAUUCGAGAAGGACAUCGCAUGGCUGAGAGGUGGGUUGCAUGCCGUCUGGAGGGAGCGUCCCGAUCUCGUGGAUAGCAAGCCUCUACCCGAGGAAGAAGAUGAAGUCCCUCCGGAAAUCAACAAGAGCCUUUUGGCGCCGCCAGUCUUGCGCACCAAGCACCUCCCGAUGUCUGCCUUCACAAGUUCUUCUACUGCAAAACGCUCCGUCACAUCCCAACCCGUACCUGUCACGCCGUUAACUGCUCCGGGAGCACCAGAUCCCUUUAGUUAUCCCUUGCCGACGCACACUGCACUCACCGUGCGCCUUCCGCGGCCGAGCGCGAGCACGAGCGGCCAUAGCCCACCGCUGGUGGGUGUCCGACCGGCGAUGUCCAAUCCUUUUUUUGACGCGGUCCGUCAGAAUUUGGAACUCGCCCACGCCAACGACGGGGGCAGCGCCGGGAUCGCAUUGCGGUUGCCCAGGAAGGUGCGGCGACGCGUCGGGGAGCUGCCGUUUGAGUGGCUGCGGGAGAUCGCGAGGCGGAGCGGGCGCAUGCGGGAAGGGAACGGAGACUAUGAGGAGAGCGACGGCGACAGCGAGGUAGAGCCCGUGCGCAUGCAGGACAUGUUGCCGGUGCUCGACUCGUCCCCCGGCAGUCGCAGCGAGAACGAAAGCUCGCUGGAGAGCUCGCAAUCGCCGGCCAGCGCAGACGAGCUCACUCGUGCACUGGAAGUGCAGUUCUACCGGAUCGAGCUCGGCGAGCAGCAACGUCUCAUGGGCGUCAUGGAGCACCACACCGGAGAGAGUAGGGGACUGUCGAGUGCGCAGGCCGUGCUGAAGGAAAGGGCGAACCAGGACUUCCCAUACAGCAUCACCGCCGGUCUCGAGAAGGGGACGAAGAACCGUUAUCGCAACAUCUGGCCGUUUGAACAUGCGCGUGUACGCUUGCGGAAGGCGAAGCCUGAGGACGACGAUUACAUGAAUGCGAGUUACGUGCAGCCCCUUGGUACGGCGAAGCGUUACAUCGCAACGCAAGGCCCCUUGUCUGCGACAUUCGAUGAUUUCUGGACGCUCUGUUGGGAACAGAAUGUGCACGUCAUCGUCAUGCUCACACGUGAGGUCGAGGCUGCGACUGCGAAGUGCGGCAAGUACUGGACCGAGGGCUCGUAUGGGCCGCUAUGUCUCCGUAUGAUUUCCACCGACGACACGCCAGAGCAUGAACGACGCCGCCGAGAUAGCGAGAUAUCUGGUGGGUUUUUCGGUGCGCAGCCCCAGCCCGGCAAGACCAAAACCAAGGGGAAGGAGACGGACUCGGGAAAGAGCAAGCGCAAGGGCAGCAAGAGCACCGAUGCCGGUAACACCGCUAAUUUUGCUAGACAUAAAAACCAGGCCAAGGACAAGGAUAGAGACAAGCACGCAGCUAGAGAGGGAGAAGAUGAAAGUGCCGGCGAGCAUAGAUCCACGAUCCAUCGCAUCUUCGAGCUUCGCAAUACCGCAUACCCGCUUGCACCCCCUCGCAUAAUCACUCAAUUGCAGUACCUGGAUUGGCCCGACUUCAAUGUCCCACAAGAUCCACGCGGUGUGCUUGGACUCAUGCGUGAAGUCGAGGAGACGGUGGAGCGCACACGCGGCACGAACGACAAACGCUGGGGUGAAGGCCCUUUACACUCAGGACCCUGGGGGAAGGCAGGUCCUGCAAGCGCCGCGAAUCCGCCAACAGAGAUAGAAGAAGCGUUAGACGAGGCCAACGACAUCGAACCGACGUCGGGCAUCGCGCGGCAUGCGCUUGGGAACCCACCGGUACUCCUCCACUGUUCCGCCGGUGUGGGACGGACAGGUGGAUUCAUCGCCGUCGAUGCUGUCCUGGACGGUGUGCGUCGCGAGAUGCGCAAGCGUGGGGAAGCCCAGUCCACCUCCAACCUGAAUGCUGGUAGCAGCGACAACAAUGGCCGUCACAACAGCGCCUCCGGCUCUCGUGGGAGUCCGGACACGACGAGUCUUUCGAGCAGCCGUGCGGAACCUAUGGACGUGGACGCGAGCCCAAGUCCGCCCUCUUUUGCGGAGGUUGAUGCGGCUAUUCGGGCAGAGACCGGGCCAGGAUUGACAAUGGCGAUGUCCGUCGGCCAGAACGAAGUCCAUGUUCCAGUCGCAGGCUUUGCGGAGCCGUUGGUAUCCACGAGUGCAGACGGAUCCGUUACCAAGGAACGUGGUCAACUGCAGCGACGUACGUCACCCCGUGCUGUCGGAACGGUACCUCCCCAUAUCCUGCAGCGCCGUGCAACACUUAACCAGCGAUCGGAGAUGUCCAACUUAGUCGCGCAAGUUGCCAAGCAAGACCACGACUCUGAGAGCAGCUCUGGCUCAUAUGUUGGUCCCUCAUCAGGGUCCGCGUCAGCCUCGAUGUCAGGAUCCAAGUCAAUGUUCCAUUCACCUUCUCACUCGUCUGUCAGUCCUCCUACCAGCUUCACGGAAAGCUCUUUUAAUCUGUCGGCGAAGGCUGGGGACACACCACCGCGUACAACCGCGAGCCCAAGCCCGCGGAAAGCCACGGACCGGGACGACUCUGCUGUGGUGGAAAUGAAGCUGUCCAGUGGCUCGAUCCCACCGUCGCCGUUAGUUCCGACAAGCAGUACCAAUCCCCCACCGUCGAGUGCAGUACUUCUCCUGCGUCCGCAUCCACAACAUCCACAUCCGCAUCAGCAGCUACAACAUUCGCACUCGCACCCGCAUUCAAAUCUGCAACCGCACCCACAUCCUCAAUCGAGUCGCCUCGAUACUUGGCGGUCAGAAGUGCAUACCUCUAAUACACCAAGAACCGAAGUGCCAUCACAACAAGUACCUGCUGGGUCUGCACCUGGUGCUGUUGAGCACUACGUGCAAGAGCAGAAUGAUGCCGCCGCUCACUUGCUGCCUCGACCACCUCACCGCGGGCGUGCAUUUGAUCACGCGCAGCCGAGGAAACUGCACGAGGACACGUCACCGCCGCUGCUAUCAACCUACAAUGAGCCGAUCCGGAGGGUGGUCGAAGAUAUGCGCGAGCAGCGCAUGAGCCUGUGCCAGAGUUUGCGCCAAUAUGUCUUCGUCCAUCGUGCGGUGAUUGAGGGGGCGCUGAUGAUCGUGGAUGAGGAGAAGGGGGGAAAGGGGGGAAAGGCGGGGGAGUCCGCGAUUCCUGCAAGAGGGCAUGGGGGUUUUGGGAUUGCAGCAGGCGCGGAUCCGCCAGGUCGAGGAAAGAAGGCUGAGGAAGUCGGACCGGUUGACGUAGGGCAAGAUUCGCACGAGCCUGUUUCUGAACCUGUGCAUGGCGUGAGACUCGGACACUUGGGAUCCUCCUUCCCGCUUGGCGAAGAACUUCAGCAUCUCUCGUCGCACGUAAUGCCAAGUACCGUUGAGACCACGCUCGUCAUGCCACCUUCGUCCCCAAUUAGGGUCAAGCGCGGCGCGAGUCCAACUGAACUGCAGAAGGAGGACACGAGUGGCGAGGUUGCCCUCACGAAGCGACCAAGUAUUAAACGACAGCAACGCAGGGAGGGUGACAAUCGGUGUAGUCUGGCUCGCGGUUGCGCUGCGGUUUCUCCCGUAAUCUGCGCGCCCUCCAAGUCCGUGCCUUGA